AAAAAAGAAUUAACAAUCAAGCUGAAAGAUUUAUCAACUAAAAGAGUUGCUGAAACACCAAUGAAAUUAUUAAUGACAGCAUCGUCUUCAUCAGAAACUGAACAUAAUGUAAAAGAUUCCAGCAAAAAUAAGAAGCGUACUAAUGAAGAAACCAGAGAAUCUGCACCUUGCGUAUUAACAGUAUAAUGCAUUACGAAUAGUAAUUAAUAUAAAUUAUAUUGUAUAAUACUAAUCAAUGAUUUUCACAGGGGAAAAAAUUACAAAAUAUGGUUAGUGGUAUAUUGCAACACUUUAACGAUGACAAUCCCAACGUAUCUCAAGUGAAAACAACGAAGACUCUCUCAAAAAAUAGUACCGUCAAUACUGAUAUGGUUGUACCAAAAGAAGUUAGUGUAGUACUUACAUCUGUUGACAAUCAAAAGUCAAAAUUGCAUAGUUCUACAUCAAGGAUGUCUACAGUACAAACAUCUAAAUUGCCAAAGAAAAAUGACAACGUAAAGAUGGAAAGUACAAAUAGUAAUCCUAAGCCUCAUAACAAAGAAAACAGCAGUCCGUCUCCUUCUAGCUCAAUAAAUAGAAAAAGGUCCAAUUCAACUGAUUUAGAAGAUUUUGCAGCUGCAGAUAUAAUACCAAAGAAACAAAUUAAACCUAAUAAUAGUAAAAGUGAAAAUAGUCAAGUAAAGAUAAAAUCAGUGAUUAAUUUGAAUGAGCAGAUAGCAACCCUCAAAAUAAAUAAAUAUCUCGAAAUCAAAGAGUUAAAGGAAAAGAAUGCAAAGCUUCAACAAGAAAUAGAAAAAUUGACUAAACAAAAAGAGUCGUACAAGAAAAAAUAUGUACAAAAAGAGAAUGACUAUAUAUCAUUAUUAAAAUUAAAUCAAGAUUUUCAGCAAUCUGUGAUUGAAAGCAACAAAGAAAAAGAGGAAAUGUUCAACAGACUCACUGAAGCCCAACAAUCAGUACAGAUUGGAUAUGAUUUACCAGCAAUCGGUAGUCGUAGAACCUCUGGCAACAUGAAAAGGUAUCAUAUUGGUCGUGAUAUAUGGCUGUCAGAGAAUGAAUACACGGGUAUCUUAAACACCUCGAAGUCACCUAGUCAGUUAGCUGGGUAUAUUAUUACACUUGUCUUUUCUGUUGACGAACUACUGACAAGUACCAAGUCAGGCUUCAAAAGUAGGAGAAGUGGCGAAGGAAAAGUGAAAUGUGGAAAAUUAGAUGAAGUAAAAUUGGCAUGUGAAGAAUUUUACAAAUAUUGGAUGAUAAAUAUAUACACUCCAGUUACCAAAAAAAGAUGUAAAAUUUUUUACUCAAGAGACGACCAAAUUUCACCACUACGCUGGAAAAAAAAUUGCUGAUUUAAAGAAACCACCAAAACAAGGAAAACGCAUCACAGCUGCAGACUCUGACAAAGAUGAUGAAGACAUUAAUGUUAAUGGCGAAGAACAAGAGGCAGAGUCUGUAAAUAAUGAUGAAAAUGACAAGGUACCUAAUCAAACUAUAGUACAAGUAGAAGUACAUAAUACAGCUGAUAACGAAAAUAAAGAAGACGAUAUUACAAGCAAGGCUGAUAAAGAAGAAGAAGUUGCAGAAAAAGAUCAAGAAUUGGAAGAGAAUAAAGAAGAGAAAUCAAGACAAAAUUCUUUACCUAUGCGUGAUCCUCUAUUUAUUGACCCCGACAAUAUCAUCGAUGAAGAUAAUGCAAGUAGCAUCUCAAAAAAUGAAUCGAUCGAUGAAACGUUGACUGACAACAAUAGCUUCAUGUCAAUGAGUGAUGAUGAAACACGAGAAAUUUUAGGUUUGCUCGGCAGUGAUGAUAAUAGUUCCUAAAAAUGUAUAAAUUACUAUUUUUUGUACUUAGAUUGUGAUAUCUCGAUAGGAAUAUA